CCACAGGCACAUUCUGGCUCCUUGCGUUGUUUGGUCCUUCAUCUCCACUAAUCGCUGACGCGCUUACCCCCCGAUGAAAACAUUCCAAGUUGCGUUUGAAUAGUAUUAUAGGCAUUCUGUCAGUAAAAAUGCUGUUACGAGAAUAAAUACCAAAGGACAUCGCUUUGCCAAGAGAAAGACGCUAAGAACAUUUGUUGUUACGAAAAGCUAACAUGAAAAGUGGGCCUGCAAAGCUAGCUGAGCUUAUGUUCAAAAGAAAAACAUUUCUGUAAGGACGAGGAAAAUUGGAAAAUUGCAAGCAGACUGCGGUGAGAUAAACACGCAUCCAUAGUGACUGUUGGCUACCCUUUUGGGUGCCUAUCGGAAUCAUCAUUUCCGGACUUGUGACAGCGGGGAUAGUGGAGCGAGACGUGGGUCUGAGGAGCCAGGGGAGCGGAGCGGUGUCUGUGUCCAUACCAGCACUGAUAGACGACAGCAUGGCCACAGGCAAGGGAGACGGGAAGUCGCCGUUAUGGCAGAAUGAAAGACUACGAUUCAUCGUCUGUUUUUGUGGAGUGUUUGUAUGUUAUUUCUACUAUGGCAUACUCCAAGAAACAAUCACACGAGGAGAAUAUGGCCAGGGAGAGUCCAAGGAGAAGUUUCGCUAUGCCACCACACUAGUGUUCAUCCAGUGUAUCAUCAAUGCAGCAUUUGCCAAACUCUUGAUUCAUUUCUUUGAGGGUUCCAGACAAGACCACACAAAAAGCUGGCUGUACGGGGCGUGUUCCCUGUCAUACUUGGGCGCCAUGGUGUCCAGCAAUUCAGCCCUGCUGUACGUGAAUUACCCCACACAGGUGUUGGGGAAAUCUUGCAAGCCAAUCCCAGUGAUGAUCCUGGGUGUGACGAUCCUAAGGAAGAAGUAUCCUCUUGCCAAGUACCUCUGCGUGGUGCUGAUAGUGACCGGGGUGGCCCUGUUUCUCUACAAGCCCAACAAGGGGGGCUCAGCUGUGGACGACCACGUGUUCGGCUUUGGAGAGAUGCUGCUGCUGUUGUCCCUGACCCUGGAUGGUCUGACUGGCGUGGCCCAGGAUCACAUGAGGGCGCGCUUCCAAACAGGAGCCAAUCACAUGAUGCUCAACGUCAACUUGUGGUCUAUCUUGGUACUGGGUCUAGGGGUGCUGUGGACUGGUGAGAUCUGGGACUUCCUGGGUUUUACUGAUCGUUAUCCCGGUAUCAUCUAUAACAUCAUGCUGUUUGGACUUACAAGUGCACUGGGCCAGACCUUCAUCUUUAUGACUGUGGUGUACUUUGGACCCCUGACCUGCUCCAUCAUCACCACUACCAGGAAGUUCUUCACCAUCCUGGGCUCUGUGUUGCUGUUUGGCAACGUUAUGUCUAACAUGCAGUGGACUGGAACCAUCUUGGUGUUCAUGGGUCUUGGACUGGAUGCAAAAUUCGGCAAGGUGCCUAAGAAGACAAUGCACUAACACUUGUCAGCUGGAGGUGUGUGUGUGUGUGCGUGUGUGUGCGCGCGGAGAAAUGGAGAAAGACAGAAAGCAUGUGCAAUGGACUGACAGACAGUGAUCCAAUCUGUCUGCCUUCUUCUGGAUCACACAUAGCCAUGCUCCAUGGUAACAAACAAACACACAAACAAAAAAUAAGUCCGGCAUCUGUUUCUGGUGAGGUUCAUUGGACCCUCACCACACUUCCUGCACCUUUUUUUUGCCCCUGUGCUGGGCAAGGAUUCAUCUCAUCUGAAAUAAUUUGGCCGGUUAAAGACGAAUGGUCUCUCUUGAAUUUGUGUAGUGCCGACGGCCCUUGUGUGACAUGGACAAGCUGUCCACUUCCAGGUCAACCCAGAUCCCACCAGGUGUAUCUGGGAAAAUGUAGUUCCAAUGCAAUGGCUACCGGUAUAAGACUACAGGUCUCAUGCAUCCUUCCUCACUGUAUUAGCUUCUUCAGUCAAGCAAGGGACUCAUCCACUCUUGCUUGAAAAUGUACCAAAUCACAUGUAUCAUCAUGUAACUGUUCAUUUGUUGUGUAUAAAAGGAACUUUUUAAAGUACUAUCAAAUAGACUGGGAUCGGAGAAUAUCUUGAACUGUACGCGUACACAACUGUACUGUUAGUCUUAACGUCAUACCUGUUGUAGCAUUUUUCUAAUCAGUCAAAGGGGGCAUAUGUCCUUGUCCUUUGUAGGUGUUGCAUACAUCUCUCAAAUGUCUUCACUGAUAGCUGUUGCAUUCCCUGUAUUUUGAAACAGGAAUCAUAAAGCACACAGAAAAAGUGAACUGUGGCUCUUCAUUACCCUUAAAACAUGGGAUGCAGUAAGCCACCUGACCAGAUGGAUUUUUUUUUUUUCAUCUCUUUGAAGAUAUAGCCCUUUCAUGCCACAAAAUUUUUUAUUUGUAGUCCUUACUUUCAAUAUGAAGGCAUUGAGUCAUUGCGCUUCUGUCUGUCUACAUCCUUGAACUUGCAUAAAAAUGAAAAACUGGAUAGAAUUGCUUGAUUAUUUUUAUACUGUUUUUAAUGGUUAUGUCCUAUCCAUAUUUAGAAUGUAUAUGUCCCAAGUAAUUAAUAAAUUAUUUUCUCUUUUGGAGAAGUACAGUUUAGAGGAACUACAUGUUUUGAAAAGGGAGUAUAUAUACAAUCCAUGUAUGUCUAAACUUUUUUCAUUCUUGCUCAUAUCUGCCAAAAGCAUUAAACAAACCUGCCAACAACAUCCAGUCUGAAGUCUAAAGCCCUCUUGACAUUAAAUCAAGAUUGGACAAGG